CGAAAUCAUCGUCGUUAUAUUGACCGACAAAAUAAGGCUGAGCGUAUUCGUCGCAAGACAGAAGAAAACAAGCGUGUCCGUAAGUUCGUAAGUGAGGUCUACGAACUUGAUCCGCGCAUCCAGCAAGCUAAUCAGGCUGCCAAGGAAGCCAGAGAAUCCAGGCGUCGUGCUAAGGCUGAGCUUAUUCGCCAAAAGCGGUUGAUCGAAGAGGAAGUGAGCUUUUGA